AUGCCACACUGGAACCCUUUCAAGAAGGAAAAGCAGCAGCCCCAAGAGGACCAGUACGAACCUCCACCCGGUCCUCCGCCGAGCUACGUGCAGCAGCAUCAAACUCCUGGAUACGUUCCUCCUCCCUCCGGUAGUGGCUACAUCCCUCCUCCGGGCCCGCCGCCGUCGCACAAUCCAAACAACCCGUUCGUAGACUACACCAAAAAGUCGGACCAACCCCAUGCCGACCCCUCUCAUCAACCCGAACCCGCCUACUACUCCACCUACCAACGACUGCCGCAGCCACCGCUUCCCACCCCCGGCGCCCCUGCCUCCUCCUCCCCCUCUGCGGCGGAGCCUCCCCCAUACCACGACUGGACCGUCGUCCCCGACACAGCGCUGCUCCCGCCGCCGCCGCCCAUGAACAACGACUUCUCGCCCACGGCCAACGCAUCGGCCGAAGCCGGCGCCGCCGCCUUCGAGUGGUGCAACGCCAACCCGCUGCGGGCCCCGCUCGCCCUCAGCCCCGCGCAGCUCUCGGCCCUCGCCUUCGGCCGCGUCACCUUCGUCCCAUUCGACCGGCAGACGUACAAGGGCGAGCUGCUCCCGCACGACGCGUCGCCGGGCCGGUACCGCGGCCGCACCGCCAGCGGCUGCGGCGACGCCUGCCUGUGGACGGCGCUGCCGCUGUACAGCGCCGCGGCGCACAGCCCGUCGGUCACCGCCAACGCCGGCAGGCCGAAGACGGUGUACUUUGAGCUGCGCGUGGCGGGCGUCGGCGGCAUGCCCGGCGCGGGCAACAGCAAGAACACGAGCCUGGAGGAAGCAGACGCGGGCAUCGCCCUCGGCUUCGUCGCCCAGCCGUACCCGGCGUGGCGGCUGCCCGGCUGGCAGCGCGGCAGCCUCGGCGUGCACGGCGACGACGGCCGCAGGUACGUCAACGACACGUUUGGCGGCGUCGACUUCACGACGGCCUUUGCGCAGGGCGACACGGUGGGGCUGGGCAUGACGUUUGGGUUGCCGCGGAACGGCCCCCCGCCGCAGUAUGGUCAACAGCAGCAGCAGCAGCGGCGGCCGGGGAAAUGCGACGUCCAAGUCUUUUUCACGCGCAACGGGAAGAGGGCGGGUGGGUGGGACUUGCACGAGGAGCUGGACGAGCGGGCAAUUGGCGGCGUCGAGGGACUCGAAGGCGACUUUGACGUCCAUGGUGCUGUGGGCGUGUUUGGAGGCGUCGAGUUCGCGGUCUUUUUCAAUCAGGCAGAUUGGAUGUAUCGGCCUGAACACGUCUGA